UUAAGCUCUUGAUCUGUGACAGAUCUGACGCUCUUUUGACAUAUGUGAAACAAAAGUAUUUUAUCCCUGCCAAUAUAGAUCAAGAUAUGUUACAUUUAUCAAUUAAACUGUUUUACUAUAUAUAAUGGCAAUGAAACUGGACGGUAGUACAUUGAAGAAAAUAGGGUUUCUAACGACGGUUUUGCUGUCAUGCCAUUUUCUUCCAAUGAUUCUCAAUAAGCAGGACAGAAAUGCAAGAGCAAAGGCAAGAGGGGUAUCAGCAUAGUUAGAUAUUGCAAAUUUUAUUUUUUUAGAGGUAGGCAGCUGACGGUCGGGCCACGAUGGGAGCCUUCCCGUGCCCGCUGUGUGGCCGCAGCUUCGCCUCCAAACACUACCUGAAUCAGCACGUGCUGGCUCACUCAGGAGAGGGCGGCCGGUUCCGCUGCCAGCAGUGUGACAAGUCGUACCUCAUCGUCUCCCACCUGGCUGACCACAUGAGCUCGCACUCGACCACCUACGACCACCUGUGUGACGUGUGCGGACGCCGCUUCAAGCACAGGAAGCAGCUGAGAGUGCACGCCGUCCUGCACAAGGGCAUAAAGCCGUACCGUUGCGACCAGUGCAGCUACUCGGCCUCAUUCCUCUCCGGUCUGGCUCGUCACAAGAAAACUCACGCGGCGCCCGAUCAGCGACCUCACCCGUGCCCCGAGUGUCCGCUGCGCUUCCUCACGCGUCAGAACCUGCAGAGCCACCGGCGGCGGCGGCACCGGCGGCACUCUGCCACCCUGCUCCUGGCGCUCGCGGCCCCCGCCCCCGCCCCCGCCCCGGCCCCCGCCGGGGAGACGAGGACGGAGGACGGUCCUCCGGCGGGGGAGGACAGUGAGAUUGAGGACGAUCCUGUGAGGUCCCCGACGGAUGGAGACGCGGACAGUGCUGAGCUGGAGACGGACAGUCAAUCGACAGACACGACCGACCAGCACAGCUCGUCUGGUUUCGACCUAUCGCUCCCUCCCGGCCUGGCGCGUCACGACGCCUUCCUGGAAGAUGACGACACCACGAGCGGCUGCCGUCUGCUCGACAACGUCACUCUGACCUCGGCGGCCGGCCGCGAGGACGCCGACGCCGGCGGACAGCUGCUGGCGGCGCGACCCGACUCGCCCCCGGCCGGCGCGCCGUCCCUGGCAGACCAGCUGUUCGCUGAGGCGGCGGCGGGGGUACUGGACAGUACGGAUCCCGGAGCGAUGGUUCUGGACGAACGAGUGCCCAUGGUAGGUGUGGAAAUGGAGCUUAAUGAUCAGUAGUGGGGAGCCGGGGGGAGCUGGGAGGGGUCGGUAGGAUGGUGGUUCAUUGUAGAGGGGUUGUGAUUUGCUUGUGUACCAGUCCCGAUCUUUAGCUAUGGUGUGUUUUAGGGAUGAAGCGCUGUAGUGCAGCUGAUGUUUGCUGUUUUGAUGUAAUUUGAGUUCUUUACGAUAGUCAAUAUGACAUGCAGCUGCUAUUGAAUCUACAAGGUGGCGUUGUUUUAUUGCCACAAUUCACUGCAGGCUGCUUCCUUUAGCUGAUCCACGGUUUUAUUGCUAGGGUUGUACUUUUAGUGCCAUCGACUCCAUAGCUAAACCAUGUUCAGAUACCGGCUGAUGGAUUGUUAAUAUUGUCUUGCAAGACUAUAGGUAUCGUGCCAUAUUAGUCGGCUACUUUUAGUCGUAUUUAUUGGGCAGCUGGGCCAUUGAGCCAGCUGCUAAUAUUGUCGUACGACGAGCGAUGUGGCGUCAGCGCGACCUGCAGUUCUGGUCUGCGUGAUUUUCAGCGAGUAGAGUCUUCUAUCGAGCAGCUUACCUGUGACAUACCCAUAUGGUACCCCUUCUCGGGCGCAGAUACUGCUCGCUGCUUUAUCUACAAACUGCCACUUUUAACUGUGCCAUACCUAUUGCGCAUGACUAUUUGAUUGCUGAAGGGUCAGGUUUUGUGUCCCUUAGGUCCUUAGUACUUUAUCUGACUGGAUUUUGGUGGGCGUUUGCCGAGGAUGGCUGCAAUAUUUUAACACGCGCAGUGGAAGGGGGGGGGGCGGAUUUCGCCCACCCCUCCUGUUUUUCGCCAAUAACUCGCGCCACAAGCAUAAUAUCAAUGUGAAAUUUCGGCUACCUGUCCAGAAUUGAAUUGCGGAUCUUCUCGUGCAAGAAGCAAGAAAAUCGGUUCACAACUUUUCUAGUAAUAGCAGUGUAAAGUCAAAUAUCCUGCCGCCGCGGCGGCGCGGCGGCCGGCGCUAGCCGUUACGCGCCGCCUGAAUUGUAGACUGUGCCGGGGCGGGACGGUUCCGUCUUUACAUCGCGCUCCUUACCGCUGAUUAUAUUUGAUUCGCGUCAAAUUCGGUGAGAAGACUGAGAAAUGUACAGGCAAUCAUAUGGUCAAAGAAUUUUGAAAAUCGGCCGGUAACAACUCGAGUUAUGAGUGUGUAAACACAAAAUUGUGAUUGCCGCGUUUCCCGCGUCGGCCGAUGCCGCUUCAGCCGGCGACAUCUUACCCUUAGCAGGCUUCUAACUGCCAUAUUUAUUGUUGGAUUAUCUAUAAAUUCACCAUACAUACUCACAAAUGUUUGUUCUUUCGUAAAGUGAAAGAUUUAAAAAAAUCGGCCGGUAAUUUUUUGAGUUAUCGGCGCGUAAACGCAAAAAAGUCGCUAAUAUGGCAGAUUUGACCACAUUUGACCUCAUUUGACCUUGAAGAUAUUGACCUAGGGUCAUGAAAUUCACACACAACAGAGUUCCCCAUGGCCCCCACCUACCCUCCAAAUUUCGUCUUUCUAGCUCCAGUGGGAGCUGAGAUCUUAGGGGGGGGGGGCGACAUCCGCCCCCCCCCUUCCACUGGGCGUAGUACUCGCAACCCUUCCACUGCGCGUGUUAACUCAUUUAUAACAUUUUAGUAGACUGCCUUGUGUUUGCGUAUGUCCAUGACAGCUGUACAGUUUGUUGAGAUCAACAACAAUCUGUGUUGUACCAAAUAAUGCAGCUAAAAACUGGGCCGGGGGCGUUUACGAUUUCGAGAGGGAUACUACGAUAGGAACAUUGUCUUCCUGUGGGUCGAGAUGGCACGAAGUGUUAUACUAGAAUCGGAGGUAGCCUCAAGUCCAGUGUUCCAUCAAACCACCGUUUGAAUUGAGGUCCCCUGAACAAAGGUUUGAUUUUCGUCAUCAUCGUUAUGCCAAAUGUCAAAAAUUUGAACUGAUUGCUGAAUAUAAAUAUAUUUACAAACAGUUGUGCAACAUAGAGUGUGUAAUAUAACAAUGACCGACUUCAAA